AGACCGAGAGUGGUUUGUAAACAAACUACUCUAGAUCAAAUCUGUAGGUUAUGAUUGAGUUUUUUUGUUAAUUAUUUAAUUUUUCAAAUACUUAAACCCAUAAUUUAUUUUAGUUAAUAGUCUCUACAAGAUAACAAAAAUGCUGAAGAGCAAGAGAUUGAAACGAAAAGAUCCUGAUGAAACUGAAGACUGGGGAAAAUAUAUGGACUUGAAGAAAAGGAAGCUGCAAGAACAGUUCACGUCUGAAUCAGAAAAUGUGAAGAAAAGUAGUGUUGGCAGCAAUCUUUUCCAGGGAGUCUCAAUAUUUGUCAAUGGAUUUACAGUUCCAUCAGCGGAUGAGCUUCGAUUAUUGAUGAUGAAGUAUGGCGGAGUUUAUCAUCACUACCAUCGGCCAAGAAUAACUACUCAUAUAAUAGCGAGCAAUCUACCUGAUGUCAAAAUCAAACAAUUCAACUUCGACAAAAUAAAACUUGUUAAGCCAGAAUGGAUCACUGAUAGCAUUAAAGAAAAUAGAAUUCUUGAUUAUAAAAUGUACAUGCUCUAUUCCAAUCAGUCAAAAACUCAACCAAAAUUGAAAUUUGAAAUUAUGAAGCAUUCGAGUUGUAAAACUUUAAUGAGUUCUAAGGUUGAGGACGAAAUGAAGGAGAAAUGUCUCAAAUCUGAGUGUGCUGUUGUUAUAAGCCCCAAUGAUAGGCCUUCUUUUGAAAGAAUCAAUACAUCGUCAAAUUUCGAUGUAGAUGAAGGUUCAAAUCCUAUUCAAGAAGAAAUUGUUGCAGCAGAAGACCUUCCUGGAUCAUCACCAGAGAAAGCUAAUUUAGAGGUUGACGAAAGAACUCUAGCAAGAAAUGAUAGAAUACCUGAUACGAAUUAUCGUAGUCACCAUUCCAAGUCUGUUGAAAACCCCGUUAUAAAUAAGUGCAAUUCUUAUACGAAAACAGCUUCUGAAGAAAACUUUCUAGAUGAAUUCUAUAGUAAUUCACGUCUUCAUCAUAUUUCAACCAUGGGAGCUACAUUCAAGCAAUACGUGAAUGAUUUAAGAGAAAAGAGCGAUAAUACCUUCCCAGCUAUAGAUGAGUUGAAGCAGUGGUCAUUACAACACAAACCAACCACUUCGAUCGAUAUUGCUGAUGAAGACAGUCACUUUGAUUGCAUGCAAAGUCAGAAGGAUACCGAUGAAAGUGUAAUCAUGCAUAUAGACAUGGAUUGCUUUUUUGUUUCCGUUGGAAUAAGGAAUAGACCGGAACUUAGAGGACAUCCUGUAGCUGUAACUCAUGCUAAAGCCAACGCUCAGGUUCAGCCUAGGAAGGGUGUAGAUAGGAAAACUGAAAUAGACAUCUACAAAACACGAAGAAACGAAAGGUACAAAUCGACAUCAACAGAGAAUAAAAAUGUAGAUAGCAAUGUCAGUGAAGUUGAUGCUAGACAUAGUUGGGUGGAUGUGAUUGGUGAGUUGGAUUCCAUGUCCGAAAUAGCUUCAUGUAGUUAUGAAGCAAGGAGUGCUGGUGUGAAAAAUGGCAUGUUUCUCGGACAAGCAAUUAAAUUGUGUCCGAAUCUCAAAACAAUACCAUACGAUUUUGAAGAUUACAAACAGGUUUCCUACACUCUCUACAAUACAGUUGCAGAGUUCACCUUGGACAUUGAAGCUGUCAGUUGUGAUGAAAUGUUUGUUGACUGUUCUCGACUACUGAAAAAAUCAUGCUCGACACCAUCAGACUUUGCGACAUUCCUAAGGCAACGCAUCAAAGAUAGAACCGGUUGCCCAUGCUCCACUGGUUUUGGUGUGAACAGACUACAAGCUCGUUUGGCAACAAAAAAGGCAAAGCCUAAUGGACAGUAUCACAUCCAAAGCCGCGACAUUCUGACAUUCAUAAGAGACAUCAGAGUUGCUGACCUUCCAGGUGUUGGAAGAUCUCUGUCUUACAGGCUGUCUGAAAUGGGAAUUCAGACAUGCGAAGAAUUGCAAAAUGAAUCACUAGUCAAGUUACAAAAACUAUUUGGAAUGAAGACAGGAGGAACUCUAUAUAAUUUCGACCAUAACUUUGGUCAUUUUCAUUUCCUUAAACGACUGAGUUGUGAGGUUGAAAAACGCCUACACGAAGUUCAGAUGAGAGCAAGAUGCAUAACCCUGAAAUUGAUGGUAAAAGCAAAAGGGGCACCUGAGGAAACCGCAAAAUUUCUCGGUCAUGGUGUGUGUGAUAAUGUAGCUAAAUCAUCCACAUUGAAUUUACCUGUCUCUGAUGCCUCUUCAAUACUCAGGGAAGUGAUUUUGAUUUACAAAAGGUUGAAGGUGAAUCCACAAGAUUUAAGAGGAGUUGGAAUACAGUUGUCGCGUUUGGAGUCUGCAAAGCCCACCAAAACGAACACAGCUAUUGAUAAAUUUCUGCGACGAGUUGAUAAUUCCAAACCGGGAACCUCAUCGUCCAAAUCAACAGCCUGCUCUCCCACCAAACAAGUGACAGCACAAAAGAUUGAGAGAGGUUUUGCUGUAAAAACGAGAAUUAAUGAACAUGAAAAUGCCUCCAGCUCCUCAAACUUUGAGUGCCCACCAAAUUUGGAUGAAGAGUUCCUAGCAGCAUUGCCUGAGGAUAUUAAAUUAGAGCUCCUGAGAGAUCGUAACCUCCUCAACGAACAAAUGAAAUUGGUGAAUGAAAAUCAGGAAUUAGAUAAAAGUGAAGAAAUCCAUGCAAACCGUCUCAAUUCUGAAGAUGAAAUUCAUAAUCUUACUAUAUCUCAGAUUGAUGAGUCUUUCUUGGCUGCACUGCCAACAUGCUUGAAAGAAGAGAUCACAGAGAGAGCUUUGAAAAACCGACAAAACAAGAUGGCGGCUCUUGUAGAGGAAAAAGGAUCCCAAGAAGAUGGUUAUCCAGAGGCUGAAAGUUCGAUUACUACAGAAGAGCCCAUUUCGUUGGAUGAGGUGAGGGAUAUGGCUCGUGCUUGGGUCUCACAACAGCCAGAACCCCAGGAGGCAGAUAUUCAGACAUUCGCUUCUUAUCUGAAUAAAUUCAUUCUAAGUCAUCAAUUGGAUAGCUUGAAUAUCGCCAUCAAUACUUUAUGCAGAUCAAUCUUAUCAAAAAAUGAAAACUUGAUGUGGAAAAAAGGAUACCACUUAGUAAUCGAACUUGUCCAGGAAACAAUGAGAAUAGAGUAUGGUGGUCCACUGUAUUUGGACAAUGAAUUGCACAGAGUUGACAGGUGACCAAUAACAUGUUCACAUUGUUGCUAUCUACUUAUUAUGAUAUUCAUGAAUGGUUUGUUUGUGAAACACGUAAUGGGACUGAAAGUAAUGGAAAGUAUGGUUAUCUUGCAUUUGCAAAAUCAAAUAUGGACCUCAAAUGUAAUGAUUGUUAAAUUUUUAAAAAUAUAUUUAUGUUAUCUUCAGUAUA